GUCAUCUGAUUAAUGCCCGUCGUCAUCAUAUUGGGAACCGAAAAAUUGGAGUGUGUAUUUCAAAACAAUACUUUUUGAAAAUUCCGUAUUUUUCGACUUCCCUUUUCUGUUACAUACCUACAAUCAUUCUAUUAAUAAAGUUUCAUGUAUCAUCAAGUUUGUCGGAGAAUCUCAUGGAGCGUGCGUGAGAGAAGUUCAUUCAAUAUAUCUAGGAGCUCAAUACUCAUUCGACUAUCAAAUAGAUUUGUGCAUAGUUCUAGUGCUGGUAGAGCUAGUAGCAAUCAUAAAUCCGCAAACGUCAUGGAGACUGGAUUAGCACUUAAUGUACUGUUACCAAAGGUAGCCACAUCAACGGUGUCGGUUGAUGUUGGGAAGCUGACUCGGUUCGACAAUAUUACCAAAUCACAACAGGACAAUCGAAACUAUCGUGGUUUGCAACUGGAAAAUGGAUUGAAGGUCCUGCUGAUUUCGGAUCCUAUCACCGAUAAAUCUGCUGCUGCGUUAUCGGUUGAAGUGGGACAUUUAAGUGAUCCGGACGAAAUACCGGGAUUGGCCCAUUUCUGCGAGCACAUGUUAUUCCUUGGAACGAAAAAGUAUACCAACGAAAAUGAUUACAUGUCGUUCUUGUCCAACAACGGGGGCACAUCGAACGCUGCCACUUACGCCGACACCACCAAGUAUUAUUUUGACGUUGUUCCGGAGAAAUUACAGGAAGCUUUGGAUCGAUUUUCGCAAUUUUUCAUAGCUCCACUAUUCACUGAGUCUGCCACGGAAAGAGAAAUUAACGCUGUUCAUUCCGAGCACGAGAAAAAUCUCUCGAUGGAUGUAUGGCGGAUACGACAGGUAAACAAGUCAUUGUGUGAUCCAAAACAUCCGUAUAACAAAUUUGGAACCGGUAAUAAAAAAACCCUGCUCGAAGAUCCCAAGCUGAGUAAUAUCAAUAUUAGAGAAGAGCUCAUGAAAUUUCAUUCGAAGUGGUAUUCGGCAAAUAUCAUGAGUUUAGCGGUUUUUGGUAGGGAAUCCUUGGACGAGCUAGAAGCCAUGGUUGUCCAGAUGUUCUCCGAUAUUGAGAAUAAGAACGUGACCUCUCCCCGAUGGAAUGAGCUGCCGUUCGGUGAGGAUCAACUAGCCACUAGAACACUAGUUGUGCCAGUUAAAGAUUCUCGCUCUUUGACGAUAACUUUUCAAACAGAAGACCUUGAACGGUUCUAUAAAUCUGGACCGGAACAUUAUGUUAGUCAUUUAAUUGGUCACGAGGGUGCUGGGAGCAUCUUGUCUGAGUUGAAAGCUAAAGGUUGGUGUAAUAAUCUUGUCGGUGGGUACAGCACGAUUGGACGAGGAUUUGGAUUUUUCGAAGUCAUGGUUGAUCUGACCCAGGAUGGAUUUGAGCACAUCGAUGAUAUAGUGAAGAUUAUUUUCCAAUACAUUAAUAUGCUGAAACAGGCCGGUCCGCAGAAGUGGAUUUUCGAAGAAUACUGCAAUCUGUGUGAGAUGCAAUUCCGUUUCAAGGAUAAGGAAAAUCCUCUUACGCUGGUGUCUAAUGUGGUACACUCGAUGCAAAGCUAUCCUUUGGAGGAAGUAUUAGCGGCACCCUAUCUGAUCUCCGAGUGGAAACCAGAACUGAUUGUCGAUUUAUGGAAUAAGUUCUAUCCACAAAAUGCAAGGGUCACAAUAGUCGGACAGAAAUGUGAGGAUGGAGCAAAGCAGGAGGAAGAGUGGUACGGUACCAAAUAUUCAACCGAAAAGUUAUCCAAAAGUGUCAUGGAGAGCUGGGCAAAACCCGACCUUAACGAUAACCUACAUCUUCCAGAGCGCAAUCCGUUCAUUCCAACCGAUUUCACAUUGGUACCGGUGGACGACGAUAUUCAGAACAUCCCGAUAAUAAUUCACAACACACCGAUGAUUCGUGUUUGGUUUAAGCAGGACGUCGAGUUUUUGAAGCCGAAAACGUUGAUGAAUUUGGACUUUUGCAGCCCGAUCGUUUAUUCGGAUCCGCUGAACUGCAAUCUGACGCAUAUGUUUGUGCAGUUAUUCAGAGAUCACCUGAACGAGUAUCUGUAUGCGGCUGAUCUGGCCGGAUUGCGUUUAAUGGUAGCUAACACCACUUACGGGAUCAGUGUGUCGAUCGGAGGAUAUAAUCAUAAACAGCAUAUAUUGGUGGAAAAGGUCUUGAAUGAUAUGUACAAUUUCAAAAUCGACGAGAAGCGAUUUGAAAUUUUGAAAGAGCAGUACGUGCGCAACUUAAAGAACUACAAUGCUGAGCAACCAUACCAGCAUGCUGUAUACUAUUUGGCUCUUCUACUAAGCGAACAAGCCUGGUCUAAGCAAGAGUUAAUUGAUGCUACGGAAUUGCUCACUGUGGAUAAGCUCCGGUUAUUCAUCGACGAACUGCUUUCACGCAUGCACGUUGAAUGUUUCAUACAUGGAAAUAUUAACAAGGAAAAAGCACUGGAAAUGGCCAAAAAGGUCGAGGAUAAGUUGAAAAAUACCAAUGCCAGCGUGUUGCCACUGCUAGCACGGCAGUUGAUGCACAAGCGGGAAUAUAAAUUAAAUAAUGACGAAAAAUGUUUGUUCGAAACUAACAACGACUACCACAAGAGUUCCUGCGCUGAACUCUAUCUUCAGUGUGGCACACAGGAUGACCAAUCGAACGUUUACAUCGAUCUGGUGGCUCAAAUUCUCAGCGAACCGUGUUACAAUCAGCUUCGUACUAAAGAGCAACUGGGUUAUAUUGUGUUCUGCGGUGCUCGGAAGUCGAAUGGUGUCCAAGGUAUACGAGUGAUUGUACAAUCGGCAAAACAUCCAGCGUUCGUCGAGGAAAGGAUAGAGAACUUCUUGAAUGGAAUGAUAGAUCAACUGGAAAAUAUGUCGGAAGACGAGUUUAAACGUCAUAAAGAUGCGUUGGCUGCUCAAAAACUUGAAAAGCCGAAGAAAUUGUCGGCUCAAUUCACACGGUUUUUGAACGAAAUCUCUCUUCAGCAGUACCAUUUCAAUCGAGCACAGGUGGAGGUCGCGUUUUUGCAGACACUGACAAAACAACAGAUAAUCGAAUAUUAUAAGGAAUUCAUCAUCAUGGGAGCCCCAUCGAGGCGAUCGCUGUCUAUUCAUGUAGUGUCCACUGCCGAAGGUGGUGCCGGCCAUAAAGAUGCUCCGCCGGAGGUAACCGAGCGUAGUACAAACGAUAACACAAGUUCCAAGGACUAUGUGAAAGUGGGUGACUUAGCGAGCUUCAAAUCGUCCCGAGCACUGUACCCAAUGGUGCAACCGUACAUCGACAUCAAACCGAAGGGUAGUAAAUGUAAGCUGUAAUUAUGAUUUCUUAUGGAAACUUUCGGUAUUCGAAUCAUAAUUACGCUUAAGCAAUGUUUGGAAUGAAGUUAACUCUCUUGCUGUAGAUAUUUUGUUGAGUAUUUUUAUUUUUUUGUGAUGCUAUUGUUUAUUUACAAGAAAUUUAUCAGUACUUGGUCAACGAAUAAUAUUCUAAUUCACUAUUUUCACACCAAUGUGAAGUUUAACGAUAAAAUACAAACCAGAAAAAAUGAAUUGUAUAGUGGUUUAGUCAAGUUAUACCUAAUAAAAUAAAAGACGUACCAGUAUAAGUUUUUAUUUUUCAAGCGCACGUAAACGUAAAGAACAACCUCACACUUAAAUUCACGACAUUUUCGCAGGUCUAAUGUUAUUCAACCAGAAAACUCACAAUGUUCUUACAGAUAAAUGACGACUUCAACAAGUAUUUUGUCUUGCUUUAAGUAAGAAUUCGUUAAGAGAGCCCGGUAUGGGAUGGUAAAGCCUGUGUUGGUAUUCCAAAAAUCACGAGAGUUGAGAUCGCUGAAUGGCACACCCUGGAAUAAUAAAUCUUUAGAAUAUUCUAA